UCCCUCGAAAAGAACUCUUUUACCGCGCGAAGUGCUUUCGCGCAGCAAGUUUUUGAUCGUUGACCAUGGCGAAAGAGCGAAGGCACAAAUUCAUCGAGCGCUGAUGAGACGAAGACCCAGGUUCUUAGCAUACUAGUAUCGUAGCAGAAAGCACUACAUCGGAAUUGUUUUUAGUCAAGGCCAGAGCACUUUGAAAGCGCAUUUUUGACGACACAAGGCCGGAAGCAACAAGAUUCAGAUCCACUUGAAUUUUUAUUUUAAGAGGUUUGCACCAUGACCACGCCAACAUCGGAUGACUUCUUUAGCAGUAUGGGAGCCGCGUCUCCUCCUCCACGUCCUGCCACAAAGUUAGCCCGACCUCCGGGGGCCUCAUCGACGACCAAAACAGCAACAGCAGGAAGCUCCACGUUCAAGACGGCACCACCACCUCGCCCAGCUGGACGAACUGGAGCAACUCCAACGAGACCCACGACACCGGGACGAGGGGCUCGAGGGUCAGCACCAUUGGCACGGCCUGACUCUUCUGGACGUAGUCCCAAUCCAGCUCGAGGAACUGUCAGUGCUGGACGUGGUGCAACUGGUAGUAGUACUACGAUUGCUGGGAGAAGUACUGCUGGGAGAAGCACGGCUGGACGCGGACCGAGAGGAGCUGGCAGAAGCGCUGCAGCAGGCAGAUCUCGAACAACCGCUGGGAGAAGUACUCGUCCUGCUGCUUCUGCCACUCCUACUGCUGGUUCCACUACUACUGCAUUUGGUACUCCUUCCACUCAUUUGAGUAGCCCCGCUGGAACCACCAAUAAUACUACUCCAGCCAGUACCAGCAAUCCUUAUGCCGCACAGCCUGCCGCACAACCUGCAGCUUCUUCCUCCGAUUCUUGGUUUUCACAGCCAGCUGCCACUCCAGGACAGAAUAGUAAUCCCUAUGGAACAGCGACAACUGCGACGACGGCGACAUCCAAUCCGUAUGCCGCGUCUUCGACCCCGACUGCUCCCAGUGCCUAUGGCAACACCAAUAUGAAUCAAUGGCAGCAACAACCUUCGACAAUGCAGCCACAGCAGCAAAGCACGUCGAACACCAGCAUGAAUCAGUGGCAACAGCCAUCUCAACAACAACAACCAGAGAACAACUUUUUCAUGGGCGGCACCAUGUCCAAUAGCGGCAUUACCACGGGUGGCACCAACCAAUCCACUGCCAAUUACGAUGAUUUCGAAAAUGAACCACCUCUACUGGAAGAAUUAGGAAUCAACCUGGAUCAUAUUCUGUCCAAAACCAAGGCUGUCAUUUUGCCCUUUCAACGAGUACAAGGAAAUGUCAUUCACCUCGAUCCCAGCGUCAUUGUCGAAGAUGCCGAUUUGGCCGGUCCUCUCAUUUUUGGCUUGGCACUGGGAGGCGAACUGCUCAUGACGGGAAAAUUGCAUUUUGGAUACAUUUACGGAUUUGGCCUGUUCGGUUGUCUCGCCAUGACCUUGAUACUCAAUCUCAUGACACCCAAGGAUGCCAUUAGUGUGUGGACCGUCACGAGCAUUUUGGGAUACGCCCUCUUGCCGGUCAAUGUAUUGGCGGCCGUCAAAAUUAUUAUCGUCAACAUUAUUCGAUUGGAAACCUUUGGACGGUUCUUGGCAUUGAUUGCCGUCUUGUGGAGUACCAUUGCGGCCACACGACUUUUGGAAGUUGGGUGUGGAUUACGGCAUCAACGUUAUUUGAUUGGAUAUCCAUUGGCGUUGUUGUACUCGGCCUUUGUUCUCAUGACAAUCUUUUAAAAAGACGAGAUGAGAUAUUGGACGGAGAGUGGAAUGGGUCGCAUAUUAUAUUUAUGGCCAACCCAGUAGGAGCGAUUUGGUGCGGAGGAAGGCGAAGAAAAAGAACAAUCAGGGAACGGUCGACGUCUAGAGCAACUGUGAUUAUGAAUGGGAAUUGAUAGAGUAGCGAACAAACCAUGCUUGCUGUGCGUCUUCCGUGUCGUGUGUGAAGCCUUUGAACGUGAGGCGACGUUCGUAAAUGUUAUUAGUGACGAGUUUUCAGAUUGUG